CAGGAACGUGUCCGGACUACAUCUAGAAGAACUGUAAGUCUCAGCUUUGCUAAAUCACGGACAUGUUGCGAAGAUGGCACACUUCAUUGGUUUGAGACGCUCGAAUAUUGCUUGCAGCCAGAACCCCAUCAAUCAAGUCCCCAAUGACGAUACGAACAACAAGGAUGUAUUGAGCUCUCAGCUACCCCCCGGAUUUCCGAACAUCGUCGAUUGGUUCGUUACCCAGCAUCUUCCUCAUGUGGAAACCCGCGAAUCCGAGUGCCAGCUCUGCGCCCAUACUCUCGACGUCUCGAAAAGCGUCGAAUCCGCCAUAGUGCAUGAGCUUCGUUCUCUUAUUCCAGUCCAAAACACUGCUGAGUUCUACAGGAAGCACGAGAUCGAGGAGACGGCUGUCCUAGAAUGCGGCCAUCUCGUAGGGAAGUCUUGCUGGGCAAAACAAGUCCAACCACUUGUUCGCCAUGGCGACAAGCCGCUCUGCCCCAUCUGUGCAAGAGUCCUCGUGUGUUCCAGGUGCGAGGUGCCUGUCCAGCCUGCUGGUCUGUCACCAAUCGAAUGGCCAAUGGGAAAGCAGCGGGUCGACCCAAUCGCCAUGAUUAUCGAGAAAGUCCCGCUCACGUCCGCUGAGAAGAUCACGGCGAGCGCGCCCACCUGCUUUCGGUGUUUCAAGAACCAUGUUAUGGAAAAGCUCCGCGAUUCUUCUUCGCCAUAUUGUUAUGACGAACAGGAGCAUUCACGGCUGUACGAUGAGCAGUGCAGAGAAAUCGUCGAGAUGAUCUACCCACCAGUCUCGCAUUACCGUCAACCUGGCGAUGAAAAAGAUUUUCAGGAGGUCAGAAAUACGCUCCUGCUUGAGUUGACCAGUGGUGAUUUCCUACAACUAAACAGGACAAACUUUUUGCUGCAGACGGUGGAUUGGCAGGUCGGGAACGGUCUCCAAAACACACAGGACUUUCUCCAGCAGAAGGUGAACACGCACAUGGAGGCUCUGCUGAGCCUUGUACGUCAUCUACACGGAUGGGAGGUCUAUACAGAGCAAGCAGAAGACUUAACCUGA